AUGUAUAUUCUUCCUCGAUAUGCUAUUGAGAGGAAAAGGAUUAAACCCUUUAUAAGAACUAAAGUUUUCAUCGGACCACCAUGGCGCUUCUCCUCCAUCCCCGCCUCCCUUCCUCUCCGCGCGGCAGCCCACCACCACCGCGCCAUCUCGGACGCCUCUUGCCUCCUUGCCCUCCCCGGCCCCGGAAGGAAGCGCACGCUGCUCGCGGUCACGUGCCGCGCGGCCAGGGUCAAGGAGCCCGCUCCGAGCGCAGGCGCCUCGCCACCGCCGCAGGCGCUGGCGAAGGAGGCGCACAAGUACUUCGACCACGCCGUGGUCACCGUCCGCGCGGGCGACGGCGGGCACGGCACCGUGCUCGCCAUGCCGCCGGCGCCCUCCGCGGACGCCGCCAAGCCCCGCGGCAGGUUCAACCGGGGCGAGAAGAAGAGCAAGAAGGUGUCGUACAAGCGCAACUACGACGGGUCCGUGGCGCUGCCGACGGGCGGCCACGGCGGCGACGUCGUGGUGUACGCCGACGAGUCCGAGGAGACGCUGCUGCGGUUCCACGAGAAGGCGCGGUACUGCGCCAAACGGGGAGGGAACGUGGGCGCCGCUGGCGGCACGCUCAGCUCGCGGAUGCACAGCGGGUUCGCCGGGGAGACGCUCAGGAUACCCGUGCCUGAUGCCUUCACAUGGAAUUGCAGGAACUGUUGUGAAACGCUAGAAGGGGCUGUUCUGGCGGAUUUGGCUCAUCCCGGUGAUGAAGUGCUCGUUGCUAGAGGUGGACAGGGCGGGAUCAGCUUGAUAGAUGUGCCUGAGUACAGGAGGAGGAAAGCCAUGGUUUUAUCCCCAAACAUCAUGCGAGAUACUAGCGACAAAGUGUUAACUCAUGGUCAGCCUGGUGAGGAAAUAAGCUUGGAGUUGAUCUUAAGGGUAGUUGCUGAUGUUGGCCUUGUGGGACUUCCAAAUGCUGGAAAGUCAACACUUCUAUCAGCUAUAACGCUUGCAAGACUAGACAUUGCUGAUUAUCCCUUCACUACAUUAAUGCCCAAUCUUGGCCGGCUUGGUGGAGAUCCUGCUUUAGGGGCCUUACAGUUUUCCUCAGAAGCAACAUUGGCAGACUUGCCAGGUCUAAUUGAGGGCGCUCAUCUAGGAAAGGAACUAAGGAUGUAUAACCCCCAAUACCUGGAGCGACCUUAUGUUGUGGUCCUGAACAAGAUUGAUCUUCCUAAGGCCAAUGAUAGGCUAUCAUCGCUGGCCUUAGAGAUAUCUUCAAUUGGAUGUGAAGAAGGGCAUGACCAAAGUGGCAGCAAAGAUAACCUACAUGGACACGUAAGCAAUCAUCAGGUCUUAUCAGAGGCUAAAGUUGAAGGUGGUGAAAAGGAGCUUGGGGACUAUCCAAGACCUCAAGCUGUUGUGGCUGCUAGCGUGUUGAGGCAUAUCGGGAUUGACGAGAUGCUGAAGGAGAUAAGGGCAGCCCUGAGAAAAUGCUUUGAUCACAAGUUACCAGAACCUUGA